AUGAGAGAUACUAAAUACUUUAUUGUUAUCAACUUUAUUUUAUCUGCGCUUCUUAUAUCGCUGGUCAACGCCCUAUAUGACUGUCCUCGGCCUCGAUGUGAGACGUGUCUGCCCGUGGCAAUCCAUGACGCGCCUGGAGUUGGGUUUGAUUUAACCCCCUCAUAUGGAACGGCCGUGGUUCAUUACUACAACGGGACAGUGGUGGAAGUUGGCAAGGUCGCAGGAAAUUCCCACUAUUUGAAACUAAUGGAGGAUCUUGCCAAGCCAUCCCAAUCAUUACAUCAAACUACAAGUUUCUCUGAGACCCUCUUGCUGCAUCUAGAAGAGCUCCUGCCCGUAUCAAAUGUACUCCCGUCAUGGAAAGACUUGUGGCGUUGGUUGAAAGAGAGACUUGGCUGGGAGGUGAACGCGGAAGUGCAAAUACUCAGGGACUUGAUCAACGACCUAAAGCAGGCUACCGAGAAAGCGACAUCCCAAUCACUCGAUAGAGUUGCCGUCACAGCUCCCGAUAUGCCCUCGCUCAGAAGCGAGACAAUCACCUCCGCUCUCAAAGAGUUGAAUCUACGCACAUGGGUAGGCGAUAGCCCUUCCUACACAAAUAAACUGGUAGAGGCCGAUACUGUCUACGCGGCGAAUGGAUAUGGAUUGUGCCGGAAUUACCAAGACCUCUUCGAGUGUUCUGAUGAAUUCGAAGAUUCAUCCACGCCUAGGGUUUAUCUCGUUUCUUUCAGUCGCCAUUUGCUGUACACUAGCAUCAUACGUCCGACCAACGGCGAAGCGCUAGCUACGUAUACGUCGGACAGGACACAAGUUUUCGAUUUUGAUAUAGGGCUGGACCGCAUUGAGCAAGCUGAGCCGUCGGAUCAUUCUUUGUGGGACCAGCUUCGCAGAGACUUGUUGGUCCUUCCUCGCGAAGCAGCUGGCCCUAUUACGCACGUCCUCCUAGCUGGCGAGAGUGCAACUGACGCCCGCUUUCUAGCCAUAUUGAGAGAUUCCUUGGCUGGUGUAUUACUGACUCCGUCGAGUGAUCACCAAAUCACAAUAGGCCACUCUAAGAGCCAGAUAAAUCGAGAAACAAUAAUCGAUCCAACAUUUGCAGCGGCUCGAGGCGCAGCUCUGUAUGCUCGUCGGCGACAAGAGGUUCAGAGUGAAUGUACAGAGUCAGCAAAAUGUGAAAAGGAGAGGGCGAAAGAGCGAUCACAUCGACAUGAAACAAAUACCCUGGCUGAUCGAUGA